CGCCGCUCGCCUCAUUCCCUUCCGGUGUGUGACGGAGGAGGCUCCCUGGCAGGGCACGGUGGGUCUGCCCGGACCGGAACCGGAGUGCCUCGACCCCGGACAGUGAGCCGCCCCUGUUUGAUGUGUGCAGCCAUUCUCGGUCCCGCCGGGCUGUGGUGGUGACCCGCCUGUCCGCCCGGCUGAUUGUCCCCCGCAUGCACUCCGGCGGCGGAGCACGGUUGCCCCGGUAGAUCGGUGUCCGGCAGCGGGCAGACAUGCCUCCCGUGCAGCUGGAGAGCAGUCAGCUGGUGGUGGCUGGGGGGCCCACAUCUGCCCCCCAGCCCCCUCCCCCCGGGGCAGUGGUAGCCACAACGUCCCCGAGCCAUGGCUACCGGCUGAGCGCCCUGAUCGAAUUCCUACUGCAGAGAACCUACCAGGAGAUCAACGUCCUAGCCGACCUACUCCCAAGGAAGACUGACAUGGAAAGGAAGAUUGAAAUUGUUCAGUUUUCCAGCCGUACCCGUCAGCUCUUUGUCCGCCUUCUUGCAUUGGUUAAAUGGGCAAACAACGCAGGCAAAGUAGAGAAAUGUGCGAUGAUAUCAAACUUUCUUGAUCAACAAACCAUAUUGUUUGUGGAUACCGCUGAUCGACUUGCAUCUUUAGCCAGAGAUGCCCUGGUGCAUGCUCGUCUGCCUAGUUUUGCAAUUACAUAUGCUAUUGAUGUGUUAACAACAGGAUCCUACCCACGGUUGCCGACCUGUAUCAGGGAUAAAAUAAUACCUCCUGACCCCAUAACCAAAAGCGAGAAGCAAACAACACUGUAUCAACUCAAUCAGAUCCUCCGGCAUCGACUAGUGACUACUGAUCUUCCCCCACAGCUUGCAAAUCUCACAGUUGCCAACGGCAGAGUAAAAUUUCGCGUUGAAGGGGAAUUUGAGGCCACUUUGACUGUGAUGGGAGAUGAUCCUGACAUCCCAUGGCGUCUCCUGAAAUUAGAAAUACUAGUGGAAGAUAAAGAAACUGGAGAUGGUCGUGCGUUGGUUCACAGCAUGCAGAUCAAUUUUAUUCACCAGUUGGUCCAAUCAAGGCUUUUUGCGGACGAGAAACCACUUCAAGACAUGUAUACCUGUUUGCAUUCCUUCUGCCUAUCGCUUCAGCUGGAAGUCCUUCAUUCACAGACCCUCAUGCUAAUUAGAGAACGAUGGGGUGAUCUAGUACAGGUAGAACGGUACAUUACAGGAAAAUAUCUCACGCUCGCGGUUUGGAACCAGCAGGUACUGGGAAGGAAAACCGGAACUGCAUCUGUCCAUAAAGUUACAAUAAAGAUUGAUGAGAACGAUGGUUCAAAACCUCUCCAAAUUUCCCAUGAUCCUCCUCUCCCAGUAUGUGAUUCUAAAUUAAUGGAAAGAGCUAUGCGGAUUGACCACUUAUCAAUUGAAAAACUGCUUAUAGACAGUGUACAUGCCCGAUCACAUCAGAAAUUGCAGGAACUGAAAUCCAUUUUAAAGAGUUUCAAUCCCAACGACAAUUCCUUUGUGGAAACUGCUCUUCCAACUCUUGUCAUUCCUAUUCUGGAGCCCUGUGGUCGCUCGGAGUGUCUUCAUGUGUUUGUAGAUCUCCAUUCCGGAAUGUUCCAGCUCAUGCUGUAUGGAUUUGACCAAAUCACGUUGGAAGAUAUAGAAAAAUCCAUCAAUGAUGACAUGAAACGAAUCAUUCCUUGGCUCCAGCAACUCAAGUUUUGGCUCGGACAACAGCGUUGUAAGCAUUCGGUAAAGCAUCUACCCACUGUCUGCAGUGAAACCAUACAUUUGACAAACUAUGCCACUCAUUCGGUUAACAAUCUGUCCAGACACAAGCUGUUUAUAAAGCUCACUCGUCUUCCUCAGUAUUACAUAAUAGUUGAGAUGUUUGAUGUUGCCGGCAAUCCCACAGAGUUGGAAUACACAUACCAUUUCCUCUCUGUUAGCCACCCAGAUGGAGAAGAUAAUCCCCCAACUGCCCUUGUACUUCAGAGGUUCAAACCAAACAUUGAGGAACUGGCUGUUGAUGGAACAUGCCGAAAGCAAGCAAGAGCUGGCGCUAAGCGCAAGCUUUCUGGUGAACAGGGCUCACCAGAAUCCAAGAAGCCGAAACGGACAGGGGAAAUGUGUGCCUUCAAUAAAGUUCUUGCUCACUUUGUGGCCAUGUGUGACUCGAACAUGCCUUUCAUUGGCCUUCGUAUGGAGUUGUCCAACAUGGAAAUUCCACACCAGGGCGUUCAAAUAGAAGGUGACGGUUUCAGCCAUGCUAUUAGAAUAUUGAGGAUACCUCCGUGUAAAGGAACGAGUGAAGAAACUCAAAAGGCACUUGAGCAGUCUCUUCUCGACUGCACUUUCCGGCUCCAAGGCAGAAAUAACCGCACAUGGGUGGCAGAGUUGGUAUUUGCAAACUGUCCACUAAACAGUUCGGCAUCUAGGGAGCAAGGUAUCGCAUUCAGGGAGCAAGGUCCAACGCGGCAUGUCUACCUAACUUAUGAAAACCCGCUUUCUGAGCCAGUUGGUGGGCGAAAAGUCGUAGAAAUGUUCCUAAAUGACUGGAACAGUAUUGCUCGAUUGUAUGAGUGUGUAUUGGAAUUUUCACGCUGUUUACAAGACAUACCUCCUCACCUAAAUCUCUUUUCGGAAGUUCGUCUCUACAACUAUCGCAAGCUCAUAUUAUGUUAUGGGCCAACAAAAGGAAGCUCGAUAAGCAUUCAGUGGAAUUCUAUCCAUCACAAAUUUCAUAUCUCACUUGGAACCACAGGCCCUUAUUCUGGCUGCAGCAACUGUCACAAUAUCAUCCUUCACCAGCUACAGGAAAUGUUUAACAAAGUACCAAAUGUUGUACAGUUAUUACAGGUAUUGUUUGACACUCAAUCUCCUUUAAGUGCUAUUAAUAAGCUCCCAACGGUACCGAUGCUGGGCCUCACACAGCGAAUAAACACAGCCUACCAGUGCUUUUCAAUCCUCCCACAAUCACCUACCCACAUUCGAUUAGCCUUCAGGAACAUGUAUUGUAUAGACAUUUACUGCAGAAGUCGAGGGGUUGUUGCAAUACGGGAUGGAGCUUACAGUCUCUUUGACAACAGCAAAAUAGUGGAAGGUUUUUAUCCUGCUCCUGGACUUAAGACAUUCCUAAAUACGUUUGUCGACAGUAACCAGGAUGCUAGACGGAGGUCGGUAAAUGAAGAUGACAAUCCUCCCUCCCCUAUAGGAGGUGAUAUGAUGGACUCCUUAAUUUCACAACUACAACCACAACAAACACAACCGCAGUUUGCGAAGCAGGCGGGCGCAUCGGGUGCAUACCCUCUUACUUCACCACCUUCAUCUUAUCACAGUACAGUUACACCGUCUCCAUCCAUGAUGCAUUCACAGUCUCCAGGAAAUCUGCAAAGCUCACCUAGUGGUGCACUAAGAGCACCUUCACCUGCUUCCUUUGGUCCCACUCCCUCGCCUUCCUCACUUGGAAUCACUAUGGUCCCCACCUCUAAUUUUGCUAGCCCUCACGGUACAUUAGACCCUAGCUCUCCGUACACCAUGAUGUCACCCAGCCAGCGUGCAGGGAAUUGGCCAGGGUCUCCUCAAGUAUCUGGUCCUUCUCCAGCAACUCGUAUGACUGGAAUGUCACCAGCAAAUCCAUCUCUUCACUCUCCUAUCCCUGAUGUGUCUCACUCCCCUCGAGCUGGAACAAGCUCUCAGUCAAUGCCAACAAACAUGCCUCCUCCACGUAAGCUACCUCAACGUUCUUGGGCUGCGUCCAUCCCUACAAUCCUCACCCACAGUAACUUGCAUGUACUCUUACUGCCUUCUCCUACUCCCGGUUUAGCACCAGCAUUAGCCGGUAGCUACCUAUGUUCUCCUCUGGAGAGGUUCCUUGGAUCAGUUAACAUGAGGCGACAUCUCCAGCGGAUAAUCCAGCAGGAAACGUUGCAACUAAUAAAUUCCAAUGAACCGGGGGUCAUAAUGUUCAAGACCGAUGUAUUGAAGUGCCGGGUGGCUCUCAACCCCUCAACAAACCAGACAUUGCAGCUGAAAGUGACACCUGAAAAUGCCGGGCAGUGGAAGCCAGAGGAACUGCAAGUUUUGGAGAAAUUCUUUGAGACUAGAGUUGCAGGGCCACCAUUUAAGGCCAACACGCUGAUUGCUUUUACAAAGCUACUAGGGGCUCCAACACACAUACUAAGGGAUUGUGUACACAUUAUGAAGCUAGAACUGUUCCCUGACCAAUCAACGCAGCUAAAAUGGAAUGUUCAGUUCUGCUUGACUAUACCACCGAGUGCACCACCAAUAGCUCCACCUGGCACUCCAGCUGUUGUGCUGAAAUCGAAAAUGCUGUUCUUUCUUCAGUUAACACAAAAGACAUCCGUGCCACAAGAGGCUGUUAGUAUUAUUGUCCCCAUCAUCUAUGAUAUGGCAUCAGGAACAACCCAGCAGGCGGACAUUCCACGUCAGCAGAACUCUUCAGUGGCCGCUCCAUUAAUGGUCAGCAAUAUUUUGAAAAGAUUUGCAGAGAUGAAUCCUCCACGUCAAGGUGAAUGUACUAUAUUUGCAGCUGUACGAGAUCUGAUGGCUAAUCUCACACUGCCUCCUGGUGGAAGACCAUGAACACCAUUUUUCAAUUUUCAUGGAAACAUUUUUUUUCUCCGCUGUAAAUAUGAACUUAACAAAGGGCAAUUUGUAAUUGGAUAUUUUUGUCUACGAGAACAAGGAAGUAAAACCGGGCUGAUUAUUUUCAGAUGCACUUCUUUCACCAGAAAUAUAUAUAAUUGAUCAAAAGAAGAACUAAUUUUUGUAUAGCAUGUUUUACUACAACACGUUUCAACUGACGAACUUAUAAAUAUCCGCUUGCAGGAACAGAUUUAUUAUUCUGUUUUAUACUGAAAAGAUAAUGGAAAUGCCAAACUUUCUUUAUGUAAAUGUGAUUUCUUUGGUGUAACAGAUUUUCUUUUUGGAUUUUUUUUUUAAGGAUGAUUUGUCAUUUUGAAUACUGUAAAACUGUGACAAACAUUAUUUAUAAUGAAACUGUAUUUUAAUAUGCUUAAAAUCCUACCAUGAAGAGGAUCUGGACAUGUUGUGAACAUGUCCUAAGAAAGCAAUAUUUAAUAAACUAGAAGAA